AUGGGAAUGCACAACAACACGUGCGGCGGCGGUGUGGUCAACGGCAGCGUCGGCGUCAGUGGCAGUGGCGACAUGAUGUCGUACGCCACCCACACGCCGACCACUGCCGACGAUUAUUACGGAGGUGCCAGCGGACUGGUGGCCGACUACGACCUGCCGCAGUGUCUGGGCGGCCGGCCACCGCUAGAACCGGCGUACGCGGCCGAAUGUGGCGUUUACUACGAGAAGAACUCGUCGGCGGCCGAUUACCGGUCGUAUUACGGCGGUGGCGGCGGUGACGGUGCCUACGAUCAGCUGGCGGUCGACGUCGGCGGUGGCAGUUACCAUGCUCAUCACCAACACCACCACCAUCACCAUCAGCACCACCACCAGCACGGUCAUCACAAUCACCAACACCCGCUGCAGUCAGCCGAAGCGGCCGUCAUCAUUACGUCGUCCGACGGUCUGAGUUACACAAAUUUGGACUGUAAUGGCAUCGCUUCCGCUGUGCAUGGCCAAGACUACGGCGCGUAUUCGGACGACGGCGCCGGCGGCGGCGGUUACAACGGUUACGGGGGUCAUCAUCGGGACGACAACGCCGUCCGUAACGAGUCGUAUUGUGGUGGCGGUGGUGCGUCCGUGGACAAUGCGUUCUUCAACAUGCACCUGAACCACAACAACGAACACUCGGCCGCCGGACGACAAGCGGUGCAGCAGCCGCGGCCGCCGUCCGCGCAACCUCCGCCGCCACCGGUGCAGUCGUCCGCUCAGACCACGGUCACCGUGGCUGCGUCCCCGCUACAGCUGCAGCCCACCCCAACACCCGGUGACGACCGGUGUCCACGUGUCAUCAAGCAGGAAGCGUCCUCCGGCGGCCAGUGUUACGGCGGCCGAGACGGUACGUCGCCGUACAGUGACGAUGCGUCCGCGUACCGCACUUCGAUGAUCGCCGGUCAACCGCAGCAACACGUCCAACAGCAGCAGCAACAUCACCACCACCUCCAUCACCAACAGCAGCAGCAGCAGCAGCAGCAUCACCAACACCACCAUCACCAACCACAACAGCAGCAACAUUGUAGCCGGUCAAACAGUGGUGCCCAGCAAAAGCACGGAGCCGCCACCGUCCCAGCUUCAUCGGCCGUCCAGACGGCGGUGCCCACUUACAAGUGGAUGCAAGUCAAACGAAAUGUUCCUAAACCAGCUGGUAAGUGUUUAUUGUUUAAAAAUUAG